GCCCUCCCUGCCGGGCCUCCCGCAGCCCCGCGCGGGUCCGCCGAGCCCGACUGCGCGGGCAGGGCCGGGGCGCGGGCAGAGGCCGGGCGCCGCUCCCGCCGCGCCGCGCCGUGUGGCGCCGUGGGCCGGAGCCAGCGUGGCGGGGGGCGGCGCCGCCGCGAUGUUCCCGGCCCGGCGGAGGCCGCUGCUGCCCGGGCGCGACGACAGCGGGUCCCGGCGCGCGCUGCCGCGGCGCUGCCCCGUGUUCCGGCUCUUCGUGGCGGCGCUGCUGCUGGGCCUCGCCUCGCUGCUCUGGCUCCAGCUCAGCUGCGCGGGCGACGGGGCCCGGCGGGGCCGCGGGGCCGGGGCCGGGGCCGCCCCUCCGCGGCCGUGCCCGGCCGAGCCGCCGCCGCCGCCGGGCGAGGAGGCGUCGUGGGGGCCGCACCGCCUGGCGCUGCUCGUGCCCUUCCGCGAGCGCUUCGAGGAGCUGCUGGCCUUCGUGCCGCACAUGCACCGGUUCCUGAGCGCGCAGCGCGUGCGCCACCGCAUCCUCGUGCUCAACCAGGCCGACCGCUUCAGGUUUAACCGGGCGUCUCUGAUCAACGUGGGCUUCCUGGAGAGCGGCAACGACACCGAUUACAUCGCCAUGCACGACGUGGACCUGCUGCCCCUCAACGAGCAGCUGGACUAUGGCUUCCCCGAGGCGGGGCCCUUCCACGUGGCCUCCCCGGAGCUGCACCCGCUCUACCACUACAAGACCUACGUGGGCGGCAUCCUGCUCCUCACCAAGCAGCACUACGAGAUGUGCAACGGGAUGUCCAACCGCUUCUGGGGCUGGGGCCGAGAAGACGACGAGUUCUACCGCCGCAUCAAGGGGGCCGGCCUCCAGCUCUUCCGCCCCUCGGGAAUCACGACUGGAUACAAGACCUUCCAGCACCUGCACGACCCAGCCUGGAGGAAGAGGGACCAGAAGCGCAUCGCUGCACAGAAGCAGGAGCAGUUCAAGGUGGAUCGGGACGGCGGCCUGAACAAUGUGCGGUACCGGAUCGCGUCGCGGACGGCGCUGAGCGUGGGCGGAGCUCCCUGCACCGUCCUCAACAUCCUGCUGGACUGCGACACCAGCCUGACGCCCUGGUGCACGUUCGGCUGAGCCGCCCACAUGGCACGCCGGGUCGGCUGCGGCUGUGGCUGGGCCCCGCAGCGGGGCAGGGUGGCCGCGGCAGGCCAGCGCUGGAGGUCGUGAUGUGGGGGACCGGCAGGCCCUAGGGACCGGAGGAGCAGGAGAGGGCAAAGGAGAGGACCUAGGCGGGGAUUAGGGCACAAACCGAGCGCAGGAUUCGGGACCGCUGGUGCGGCCUCCCCUGCAGCGCUGGGGAAGCCGUGGCCCACGCUGGACGUGGCAGAGCUGCCACGGGCCUGGCGGACAAUAAAGCACCGAAGUGCA